UCUCCUCCUCUUUUUAUCUCCUCUCUCCUCAAAAAUUAAAACAACACAGCAGCAGCACGCACCUCCGCCACCACCACCUUUGCCACCACUUACCCCCACCCUACCCAAACCCAGAGCCGAAACUCUUCUCCCACUCCUACCUAGGCUCGAAACCACAAGCCCCACCUAGCCAAAACAACCAACCCUACUCCUACCUAGGCUCGACGUCUCUCCAUCUCCUCCCCUUCCUCCGGCGACGAGUACGAAACCGCAGCGAGGUUGUGAAUUGUUGUGGAGAUUGCCUUUAGGUUGGUGAAUUGUUGGGUGAGGUAAAUGGUGGUUUGGAGUCGGUGGUUGCGGUUUGCGGGGUUGCUGAAAUGGAGGGUGGAAACGGAGAUUGGGCGGUGGUGCGAACUGGAUUUGUUGAUUGGUGAAUGGUUUUAAUUAGUGUGGGUUUUGCAGGGGGAAGAGAUGCGUGUGGGCUGGUCUGGAUUUUUGGGCGGCGACUAGUGGUGAGGUAGGUGGCUUAUGGUUGAGGUGAGGCGGUGAAGUAUUGGGUUGUUGGAGGAGAUUGCGGGUAGCGUGUGUUGCUGCAGUGUAGAGGCAGCUGGCCGGCGAGAGGAGUGGUGUGGGUUUUCCGGUUGAGAGGGGAAUGGGGUUGCUAGGUUCCGGUGGCCAGUGGGAAGUGGGGAUGGGGUGAUCCGGGAAGGAGGGUGGGGCUGGGUUUUCUAAUUUUUUUUUUGUUUUUUUUUUUAAAUUUUUUUUAAUUAUUUUUGUUUUUUAAUAAUUAAAAAAAUAAUUGACCUAUAAUAGCUGACACGUGGCAUAUUACUUACAAAAUUCGGUUAUCAACAGGUAAUGGAUCUUUGGAUGAAGAUAGGGGGUAAAGGUUGGAUUUUUGUAGAAUAAACUUAAAGUUGGAUUUUUUUAGAGAAGAAAGUGCAAAGGUUAGAUUUUUAAUUUCCAUUUUUCCGUUUUUUAUAUUUUUUUGGUCUAAUACCUUGAGAUAAAUUUGUUACUUAUCUUAGUAUGGGUUAAUCUUAUUUUUAGUGAUUAAAAAUGAAAUAAAUUGUGAAAGGUAGGAUGGAGAUAUUGAACCUACGUUCACAAAGUAGCAUAUUAAAGUUGAUAGGAACCAUAGUAUCAAUUAGUGGAGUAUUCAUAGUGAUCUUCUACCAAGGGCUACCAAUUAGUAGUAUUUUCCCCUCACCAACCAAGCCAUCUCUCCACUCUCUUGUGGAACUUCAAACUCAACCAAAUUGGAUCCUUGGAGGGACCUUUCUCUCAAUGUGCUUCUUACUCGUCUGAUUUGCGUAUGUUAACAAGGUAAUUAUUUUUUCAGAUCCUUUUAAAUACUACGUAUUAAAAUACUCCCCAUAGUUGUGUUUAUUCGAAAUUUAUAACAAAAUUAUACGUUAUCUUUUUAAUGUUAUUAUGUUUUUUAUUUUAUUUUCUUCUCCAAGGAGUCAUGGACUACAUUUAUCAUUUUUCCACUAAUAAUCACUUUAUUUCUUUUCUUCAGACUUGGCUUGCAAGGGACUAUCCUUCAGAAGUGUUAAUAACACUAAUUACUUUUUUCUUUGAGACUAUAAUUGUAUUGGUCAUUACUUUAAUUGCAGAAAAUGAUUCAAGUGUGUGGAAACCAACCUAUGGUAUCGAGUACAUUUAGAUUCUCGUUGGGGCUGUGUCAGUUGGUACGAUAAAUAAUGCGGACACAUGGGCAUGCAGAGUGAAGGGACCAGUUUUUUUAGCAAUGUUUAAACCACUACGAAUGAUGAUCGCAAUUAUCAUGGCAGCUGUUUUCCUUGGAGAUGUGCUACAUCUUGGAAGAAAAAAACGGCCUCCACCCAUUCGAUGCUCUACGAUUUUCCGGAUAUUCCUUCUUGCCAUCCUCAAUUGUAGUUGUUCCAUCUUCUUUUAUAUCGGAUUACGUUAUAGCUCACCAACACUUGCAUCAGCAAUAAGUAAUCUUACCCUCGCGUUCACCUUUAUUGUAGCCAUCAUUUUCAGGAUGGAGAUAUUGAACCUACGUUCACAAAGUAGCAUACUAAAAUUGAUAGGAACCAUAGUAUCAAUUAGUGGAGCAUUCAUAUUGAUCUUCUACCAAGGACUACCAAUUUGUAAUAUGUUCCCUUCACCAAUCAAGCCAUCUCUCCACUCUCUUGUGGAACUUCAAACUCAACCAAAUUGGGUCCUUGGAGGGACCUUUCUCUCAAUGAGCUGCUUAGUCCUCUCACUCGCGUAUAUUACAAAGACUUGGAUUGCAAGGGACUACCCUUCUACGGUGCUAAUAAUACUUAUUACUUUUUUCUUUGAAACUAUAAUGGUAUCAUUUGUUACUCUAAUUGCAGAAAAUGAUGCUAGUGUUUGGAAACCAACCUUUGGUAUCGAAUUAAUUUCUAUUCUCUUUGGGGCCAUAUCAAUUGGUACGUUAAAUAUUCUCGACACAUGGAUAUGCAAAAUGAAGGGACCGGUAUUUAUAGCAAUGUUUAAGCCACUUCAAAUGAUUAUCGCGGUUAUUAUGGGAGCAUUUUUCCUUGGGGAUGUGCUACAUGUUGGGAGUGUAAUUGGAGGAUUGGUCAUAGCAGUUGGAUUCUAUACGGUGGUAAAAGGAAAAGCCGAAGAAGAGAUAAUUAAAAAUGAUGAUGAAAGUAGGUUGACGUAUAUCAUAGAAGAAGAGUCACAUAUACAUCAUCUAAAAAUCCCAAUGUUGGAUGACAAAAACAUGGAUGUUUAAAAGACUUUCCAACAAGUUCUCCCAAUUUUGGACAAACGACCAAAGUACUCUGUCACAGACUCGGAAGAAGUCAACUUACACUCCCUUAACGUUUGUUUAAGCUGACAAAUAUGAGUACCACUCACCACACAAUAUCUCUAUUUCAAAUGUAUCCACAAGUCACUUGCGAUGGCAAAAUCCUUAAUUUGAGAACGCAAGGCAUCAACAAGUGUAUUAGUAAUCCACGAUACGAGCAUAGAGCUCAUCGCAACCCAAUGCUUCUUCUUUAAUUCAUCACUCAGCUCUAAUAUUGAACCAUCAACAAAACCAAACUUGAACUUCCCGAUCAUCGAACGACGUAUUGCUUUAGCCCACUCAUCAUAGUUUGACCCUUUCAAUUUCACCAGAGUAAUAACAACACCCGGAUGGUCACUCGACCCUAGAUAAAACUCUAGGUCCACCGGUGGUGGUGGUGGCAGAACUUUAUCAUCCUUUGUCAUCGCACGACCUUAUGCGUUUUCCUCUCAAUCUUUUUUUUUUAUUAUUUUUUUUCUUUAACCUAAGCUUGAUGUGGAAAUUGUUCCUAAAAUGUAUCAUGUGAAGGAACAUAGUCCGAACCACAUUACGGUGCAAUAUCAAAAUGUGUGCCACAUUACGGUGCAAUAUCAAGGUGUGGUUCCAUCUAUAUCUAAUCAAGAAGGGUGCAAUUUGUGUUA